GACAGUUCUGAAAGCGUUGCAAUUUUGAAUCUAUAAAAAAAUGAAUUAUAUUAAGUGGUCUUCAUAUUUUAUUUUCAUUAUAUUAUUGUAUUUUAAUAUUUUGGAACAAUGCAAUAUGGAAGUGAUUUCACCAAAAUUUUGCGAAUCAGAUGACAUGGAAGGCUUGAUUCGUUGGUACAGUGAUGUUUAUAAAUUUGUAAAAUCUAAUGAAGAUUUGAAUAAACGCCUAACUGAACUAGAGGGUGAAAUUAAAAGACUCAACAGAAAAUUUGAACAUCAAGAGGAACACAUAAAUGGUGAAAUCGUCAUACAACGGCGUAUGGAUGGCUCUGAAAACUUUUAUCGCGUUUGGGAGGACUACAAACAUGGCUUCGGUAAUCAAAGCGGAGAGUUCUUUAUUGGUCUACAACGUCUGCAUAAACUCACCAAUAGUCGACGCUAUGAGCUGUGGGUGGUCAUGGAGGAUUUUGAUGAUGUUCGUCGUUAUGCCAAAUACGAUAAUUUUGUGGUAGCGAGUGAAAAGGAAAACUAUAAAUUACAAAGUUUGGCCAAUUGCGCUCAGUUAUAUGUGGGUGCUUGGUGGUACAAAAGCUGUCAUGCCUGUAAUCUAAAUGGCGAGUAUUUAAGGGGCUCAACCACACUCUAUGGUAGAGGAGUUAUUUGGAAUGCAUUUCGGGCCCUUUAUUAUUCUUUGAAAUUUGUUGAAUUGUCCAUACGUCCUAAAUUAUUUUAA